UUACAAUCAUCAUUUCAGCGAGUGUUUACAGUUGUUUAUAUUAUAUGUUCAAUAUACAUUUUCAAAUGGUAUUUUUAUUUUCAAAUCAAGCUAUUAUUUAUUGAAUAAAGAUGGGGAAAAAUCAUAGACACAAAAAAGAUUUGAAAGCAGAUAAGGCUAAAGUUAAAUUGAAGCAAACAAAAACCAAGUUUCUGCCCAAAGGCCUGAAUGUAACAAAUACUUCUUUUAAAAUCAAGCCCAUAGUUUUGGCUGAGCAGCUGAAGGAGAAAGACCAGAAUGUUCCUCUGAGUAGACGAAAAUUGGACGUCAAAGAUUUACUUAACAGACUGAAGCAUUACAAUGAGAAUGUUCGAUGUACUGCUUGUGAAGAAUUGUCGUCAAUGUUCAAAAUUCAUAGUGAUGAGCUCAUUCAACAGAACUUAUCAGAAAUUAUACUUGCUGUCAGCACUUUAAUGCAAGAUAGGGAGAGCAAAGUGAGAAAGGCAACAGUCAAAGCAAUCAAUACCAUUUUGGAAAGUACUCCUCAAGAGAAAUUAGAACCGUUUUUCAAUUAUUUCUCAACGAAUUUACGUUGUGCUAUGACGAAUAUCAGUAAGAAUAUCCAAGAAGAUUCUCUAUUUUUCUUGGACUGUUUCAUAAACAAUGACUGUGGGCUUAUUACAAAAACGGCAGAAAAGCUAUUGCCAGAUUUUUUCACACUUAUUUCUAAACUUCGAAGUGAUUCCAAUUUAAAUCGCACGCUAACACUGAACUUAGGAAGCAAGAUGACCAGUGUGACUUGGAGAAUAAAAGUAUUGAAUAAAUUGCAUGCUGUAUUGGAAUGUAUAUUGAGGAAGAACAUAUAUGAAAAUACUAGAACAGCUAAAAUGGAAGUGGAUCAUGUAGCUGCUAAUUCUGGUAACAUAUUUCCAAUUUAUAAGGACUCAUUCAGCGACGUACUAGAAUGUACGGAUAUCAGUUGUAUGGUCAAUUCAAAUAACGUCGGUUCUACUGCAUAUACUUUGGAUAAACAUAUAGUUACGUUGGUACCAUUGCUUUAUGAAACUUGGCUAGAAGUAUUACCUGAAAAGAGGUCCACGAAAACGGUCACUGAGAGUACCUUAUUGAGUGAAGAAGCUGCAUCAAUACUAUCCUGUAUUAUGAAAACACUACACUUAUUGUGGAAAUAUUCUGAACAGGUUAAAAAUGAUGAAGAAUUUAUGAAAGAAAUUUUUCUGUCGACAGAUGGGAAGAAAUUCAUGACCAAUCUUGUAAAAAACUUUCCUUACUGUCAGAAUGAUAAUGUUUCUGCACAGCAAAAUAAAACCAAAGGGAAAGGUCUGAGCCUAGAUAUCAACCGUGAUCCCAAAUGUGUGAAAGAAAACAUUAUGAUAUGCUAUAUGUUUUUCAUUCUGAACGGAAGUAUUCAUUCCAAUACAAAACCAUUGGAAAUGGAAGCCAUAAUGGCAUACAUAAACAAAUGUCUGCAGUCUAGGAAAAUCAUUCGUGGAACCAACAUACAAUAUUUGAUUGAAUUCUUAAAAAUGUGUUUGUUAGAGAACUCCUAUCUAUGGAAAAAAGCCGGCUCAAAAAUCGUUAGUGUUUUAGAACAUACUAUUAGUUUUUACAAUAGUAAUAUGAUGAGUGACAAGUAUAAAUUGGAACUAUUUAAAGUUCUAUGUGGUGUGGCAGAUACAAUUCAAUUAUAUGGACCUGAUAAUAAAGGCAAUUUGCCAGUUUCAAAAACUUCAUUCUCUGGAUGUCCUCAAUACAAUGACUGGCUAUCAUCUCUACCAGAUCUCUUGUGUAUGCCCUCAAUAAGUGACACUAUUGUAUCCAGUUUACUCGAAUUGUCCAGAAAAAACAACGCUGUUGUUCAUAGAGCUCUUCUGAGCAAGUUACCUAAUAUUCUAGAAAACUUGGAUUCAUUGAAUGUGAUUGUUACUCUGCCUACUAUAAGUAACCCAGAGGAGAUGAUGAAGCGAAAUAUUUUGUUCAUGUAUAUUUAUGUGCCAAAUAUAUCACGCGCUUGUAUGCAGACAUUGUCGAAUUACAUUUCGAAGCACGAAAAAAGUCAAUUUAUGGACUAUUUAUUGGACGAGCUGCAAAAACAUUGUGAACGUUGAGCUUCUACAUGUAAAGCAUUAUAUUUGGUCAAUUUUUUUUUGUUAUUUGAAAGAACAUAUUAAAAUUAUGUCUUUCAAAAAAUUGUUGCAUAAUUUGAUGUUAUAUUUAACAACAUAAUAUUUCUUGUCUGUCGACUUCUUGCUUUGCUUCGAAGAUUCGGUACUUUUUUUAUCUGAAGGACUUUUACUGGCCUUUUCUUUCUUACCAGAUUCCUUAAUUUCUUUUUUCUUUUUCAACAAUGCCUCCGUAGUACCAAAUCCAAUUUUUAUACUCUUGGAAGAACUUUCUUCUAAAUGCAAUUGAUUUUCCUCAACAUUGAGCAAUUCAAAAAAGGAAGCACCUGCAAAUAGAAAUUGAUUGAUUGACAUUUGUAACAAUAAAUCCACAUUAUUCAAUAUAAAUCUGCCAAGUGUGGCAAGUCACUGCAUAACGUUUGUA